AUGUGCUUGGACAUUAACCCAAUUAAGCCAGUGCUCGAAACGGUGUCGAAUGGUGCAAGCAACGAGACUUCGCCGUCGUCGUCGUCGUCGUCGUCGUCAUCGUCGUCCGUGUCCGUGGCGCAGCAACCUGCAUCAGUGGUGGCAGCAGCAACAGCACCGGCAGCCACAACAGCCGGGAUGAAGGAGAGAAAUGAUGCUUUUGACCUCGCACAGCGUGUGGGCGUCGAGGACCUUAAGAAGGAUCGAAAGAAGGACCAGACGAAGGGUCAGAAGAAGUGCCAGAAGAAAGGUCUGAAGAACCAUCAGAAGAAGGGCCUGAAGGAGAUCCAGAAGAAGGGCCUGAAGAAGGCCCAGAAAAAGGUCAAGAAGAAGGCCCAGAAGAAGGCCCAGAAUCAGCACCAAAAGAAGGACCGGAAGAAGGCCCAGAAACAGGACCAGCCGAAGGAUUUCGAUGAUGGCAGUGUUUUGAACCCACAGGACGACGACGAAUCUCGCGCUACCCACGCUGCUGACCGUGUGGACUGUGGACUGUUUUUCGAUCGAUCGAUUCUACGUGUAGUACUUUGGCAAGCAGUUACCCACUGUGUUGGAUGA